AUGAUGAAGGCUCAGCUUAUCUUUGCCGUUUCUCUAGCGGCCAUCUUCUUCUCUGGGACUAAAGCAGCAACCUUCACGUUGAGCAACAACUGUCCUUCCACAGUUUGGCCCGGAAUUCUAACAAGUUCAGGUCCUCCAUUAUCCACCACCGGCUUUGAGUUACCCUCAAAACCUUCAUCAGUGCUAUCCGUUCCAGCCACAUGGUCUGGCCGCAUCUGGGCUCGAACUCAAUGCACAAACGUCAACGGCAAGUUCCAAUGUCAAACAGGCGACUGCGCCUCUGGUCAGGUUCCAUGCAACGGCGCAGGUGGGAUCCCACCUGUAACCCUAUCAGAAUUCACCCUCGCACCCAACAAUGGAAAAGAUUUUUUCGACAUUAGCCUUGUCGAUGGCUUUAACUUGCCUGUUUCGAUCGCCCCACAAUCAGCCGAUGGUUCAGGUAACUGCAUCCCAGUCAGCUGCACCGACAAUGUGAAUGCAGUUUGCCCUAAUGAACUACAGGUUAAAGGCUCCGAUGGUGGCGUCAUCGCCUGCAAUAGCGCAUGUUUGGCCUUCAAUCAAUCUCAGUAUUGCUGCACUGGCUCUUUUGGCACCCCGCAAACAUGCCCGCCGACUAAUUACUCCAAUUUUCUUAAGAGCCAAUGCCCUCAGGCUUACAGCUAUGCUUAUGAUGAUAAGUCUGCUUUGGUCUCAUGCACUGGUGGAGCUAAUUACCUUAUCACCUUUUGUCCUUGA